AUGAUCGCUAUGACCAGUGUGUUGAUGGUGGUGGUGGUGAUGGUGGGGGAGGCUCUCGCUGACGAUUAUGAUCGCUACGCUCCACCAGGACAUCACCCACGCUACGAACAGGAGGGCAUGCCAUACAACUUCCAGUACGGCGUCAAGGACGACUACUCCGGCAAUGACUUUGGCCAAAACGAACAGUCUGACGGAGACACCGUUUCAGGCUCCUACAAUGUCCAGCUUCCAGACGGCCGCAAACAGACGGUGAAUUACGUUGCCAAGGACGACUACGGGUAUCAGGCAGAGGUCAGCUAUGAGGGCGAGGCCCAGUACCCCCACGAGUAUGGUUCCCCUGUCACCUUCAAGCCCCAGUACCAGCCAUCAUACUAUCCACAGCCCUCAUACAAGCCCCAGCCUUCAUACCCAACCCAGCCCUCAUACAAGCCCCAGCCUUCAUACCCAACCCAGCCCUCAUACAAGCCCCAGCCUUCAUACCCAACCCAGCCCUCAUACCCAACCCAGCCCUCAUACAAGCCUCAGCCUUCAUACAAGCCCCAGCCCUCAUACAAGCCUCAGCCUUCAUACAAGCCCCAGCCUUCAUACCCAACCCAGCCUUCAUAUCCAACCCAGACAUCAUACAAGCCCCUGUUGAAGUCCUCAUAUCAACCCUCAUACGAUUCUGAGGAACAUUACCAAUAA